AUGCGCCCGGUGCCUCCAACUCGAUCUCGACGCACUUCUCCUCUACAGACAAAUACCAUCGAUGUACCAGCUGCAGUACAGGCGCAGCAUGUUUCAAUCCCGCUAAAAGCGCAGCAACCGCCUACUUCGAUGCCUCCCAGAUUGACGCAAGCAAUCAAAGACGAGUUUGCUAUCCGCUACCUGCAGCAGAUUGGCGCCAAUUCCACCCCAGAGAACAUUGCAAUGGUGUUGCAACACUUACCACUGGAGAAAUGUGCUGUCUCAUCUGCCUGGAAAUCUCGUGGAUCAUUGGCCGACGUUUUGCAAAUCGACUGGAAUCCAAAGUCGCUUAGUCUGGGUGCGCUAUUGUCACCGAGACGACAGCUACGUGGUCAGCAUUCUUUUCAAAUUGGCACGGUUUGCUUCACCUUUGACGAUAUGAAGCGUAAGUUUUUGCUGCCAUUCAAACUAGCCACGGUGCCCACUGAACUUGAUGUCUUACAAGUCUUUGGAAAUCGCUUGGAAGCUGACAAAACACUGUCGCCCAACCAAGCACAUCGACGACUCAAAGCUGUAGACGAGCGCAAUGUCCCGCCGAAUGCCAGCGCAGAAACAGUGUCAGAAAUGCACAACGAAUUUUACCUCACGUUGCCAUUGAUCUCCUUAGGGCUGCCUGAGGGUAACGAAAUUACACGAACGGUACUUUACGAAGCCCUGUCAAGCACCGUCAUGAUAGAACUUGUUCAGAGCACCUUGCGGUAUCUUUACUUUAAAGUGAUCGACCCAACAAGGAAGAAGAUACGCAUCAGCAACGAGCAAGACGCACUUUUUGUCGCCAUCGCACAGCAGUUUGCUCUGCUGCGAGUCAAGAUGGAGCACAAACAGCGAUUGAUUCCUCGAUCGCUCACAGUGCUCGUGCCAUUAUUGCUACUCGCCCUUCGCGUAGACAUCGAGACACUUGUUCGUCUACAAUACCCACUAAGCUUCUCUUGUGCCUCGGAAGAGAUGACUCGACUCCUGCAAGACAUUGACGCUCAAAUAACGCGGUUAUUAGACCCUGAUGGUAACUGGAGUCGUUUGGCCGUGUUGGAGACAACGCACGAGGCCGGUCAAGCUCGUGCAUCGUCCACGUUUCAACGUGCUCGUAGAUAUCGACGCCUCCGCGACCAAUUCUUCCAGACUAGCGCAGUGCUGCAUGGUCUCUUCCCUGACCCUUCGUCGGGCAACUCUCGCCGCGUCAUGACUCAACGUGGUGGUGCAGGAAUCAGCCAUUACACACACUUUUUCAGCAGAGCUGCACCCACAGCUAAACAAGAGGAAUGUCGUUUAUCGGACGUAUCCGUUGCUUCUAAGCUAUCUCUACUCCAAAGUCUUCGACGCUCACAACAAUCGUAA